UUAGUGCAGUAAGACACGACACUCAAGUUUUAGUCGAAAUAACAAAGGCAAACAGUAGCUAGUAGGCACCAUUGACUGGCACAAGGAAUCAAUUGUUUCUUGAUCAAUCAAUAUCAGAGACCUCGACCUCUGAUUGAACUGCACGUGAUUUCUAGACGUAGCUAUAUUUUUCAGAAUUCGAACGCUGUCUCGAUUCACCACUCGGAUUAGAAAACAACACGGUGUCUUUUUAUCACGACGAUUUUACCGUUUGCUGACGACCUGUAUUUAGAACGACAUUUCUUUUGGUUGAAUUAGCUAGCUACGUCCACAGAAAUUUGUGCAAAAGCGACUGUUAACAAGAUUGCAAUCCAGUGACUGACAUGUAGCUAACUUCCGAAAAUGAGGAAGAAACAGAUGUCGAGUUAGCAACUUGAAGCGGUGAAAGGAGAAGUGCGCUGUUGCCUCAAGCGACCUAAACCUCAAGGUGAAGAGUUCAGAUAAGCCUCGUUUGAAUGUCGCGGUUACGCACAUUUGUACAGAAUGGGAGUUCAGUGAAGAAGAUGGAUGUUAAAAAAACGAAAAUGGAAGACUCAAAAACCGAAAUUCCCCUGAAUGACUGUAUGGUUGGCGGUUGUAGGGAGUCAACAACUACUUCUGAGAGGCUCAUCUGUGACGGUUAUAAAUGCGAUGAAAAGACACGGUGUGGCGCACCACCAGACAUGGAUGAAUUGUGGGAGGGUAAAGAGAACGGUCUGAGAUUUGAGUUGAAUUACCGCAGAACAAAUGUGUUACCAGAGAAUAUGGAGGGUGACGAAACUGAAGAGGGUGUUGUGAUUGACAAGAGUAUCUUCCUUGAUGAUGACAGUAACCAGGUUCUUCCUGUGGAAAAGUUCUUCGGAAACAUGGAAGUUGUACAGGAUUGUCCACAGAGAUCUGCAGCCUCCUCGAACUUCAGCAGGAGGGAGCACCGGAGACAACAGUACUACGCCAAAGAGGACAGUGAAGAAGAAGAGGGCUACACAGACAUGCAGCAAGAGGACAUAGGUGGCACUUAGUUUAUAGAAGUAACUAAAUCCUAUCAAUGGGAUGGAUUAAAAUCUCCUUUUACUAGCCUAAUGGCAGACAAGCCUGGGAAAGUGGAUUUGUUCAAUGGAACGAGGGUAUCAAGUUAACUUUUUGCCAGCAUGUACCCCAAAGUUUUAAAAUUUGUAUUGAUAUUUAAAAAGCUAUUUGCACUAACAAAGUAACUUCUUGCUUUUCAAUUAUCAGGACCUAUAGUUUAUAGUGUGUAUAUUGUUUAAUUGGUACAGGGUAAGCACUCGUUAUAAUUUUUAUUGAAUGUGUCUUUUAGUAAGUUACUGGUUGCCUUGUCAGUAUGUAUGCACAGUAAUAUCUUUUUAUUUGGCGUUUUUAUAUUGCUAUGUAAUAAUAGCACGACUGAAUGAAUGCAACAUAUAAAUCUUGUAGUCUUUAGGCAGGUUUCCAUUGACCCGGGUUUAUUAGACAAAAGAAAUGUAGCGACAAAAUGGGGAUGUGUAAUGGAAACGGCAGAAAUAGGAAACACUUUCUGAAGACAUUUAUAAAUUAUAUAUAUGAUAUACAUUUAUAAGUCAUAUAAAUUACAACAUUUCUAUCUGUUCGACAGGUGGGAUUUUCCUUUAUUCAAACUUUCUUUGUGACAAAUGAUGAUGGAAAUGGUGUUUUUUGAAUAAAUGAUUGCUGAAUACUUUG